CCAAUACACAUAUAUUUGUAGAACGGCCCUACUGUAAUAAGUGUAAUCAAAUUUCGACGAUUGAAAAUAGGUUUGAGAUAUGUGUCGUUGACGCCCUAAUAUUGCUUAAGAUCGAGUUAAAUCACAAAAAUCAUUGGUUGUAUGAAGGGAGAUCGGAUCGGAUCGGAUCGGAUCGGAUCACUGAAUUAAAUAGAUCUCUAGAUUUAGGCUUGUUAAAUUCGCUAACGUAAGCUGGAAUAGUGAAAAGUGCGUUGACCGAUCUAAUGUGUCGUUUUCGUACGUUUUACCGAGUCAAAUAGAUCAAGAAAAAGCUUAAUAGGUUUCUAAAAGUUGAGCAGAACUAACGUGAAUGCGAAUGUUGUAUCGAGAUUUGUGAGUUAUCUUUCACAAGUAUGUCUGGAACACUCAAGCCCUAUUUGACGGCAGUCAGGCGAACGCUUACUGCUGCUAUGUGCCUGGAGAACUUUUCCUCUCAAAUUGUGGAAAAACAUAACAAGCCUGAAGUAGAAGUAAGGGCAAGUAAAGAACUGCUUUUGACACCUAUUUUGAUAAGUAGAAACGAUAAAGAGAAAGUCUUGAUUGAAUCCAGUAUAAAUAGUAUGAGAAUAAGUAUUGCUGUGAAACAAGCUGAUGAUUUAGAAAAGAUUCUUUGUCAUAAUUUUACGAGAUUCAUGACAAUGAGGGCCGAACACUUUAUGAUUCUUAGAAGAAAACCAGUAGAGGGCUAUGACAUUAGUUUUUUAAUUACUAAUAUUCAUGUAGAACAAAUGUACAAACACAAGAUAGUAGAUUUUGUUAUUCACUUUAUGGAAGAAAUUGAUAGAGAAAUCAGUGAAAUGAAAUUAUCGGUCAAUGCCAGAGCACGUAUAUGUGCAGAGGAAUUCCUAAAAAGGUUUUAACUCAUUAUCAAUGUAUCUGUUGAAAAAGUCAUGGAAUAUACAUCGUUAGUAUUGUUCAGAGGAUCAUUGUACAACUUUUAAUAAAUUGGACAAGAUUAAGAGACAUUUUUAUAAAGUAUCUAAUGACAUGUUCUUAUUCACAUGCCAUUAGUGUUCCAUAUUAAAUGGACGUAUAAAUUAUUUACAUUAAUUUGCUUCCAAUCUUGUUAUAUAAAAAUGCAAAUAAUACUAAACAUGAUAAAUUAUUGUUCAAACUUUUGUAUGAAUUUGUUUUUAGAUAUUUAGUGUAACUUUUGUUACACUUAAUUCUGAAAUUAAUUACUUGCGUUCAGUGAAUUGUGCAAAAAAUAGGUAAUUCAAUAAUGUAUCAUAAACAUAGUUGUAAGCAAAGCUUUUAAGUAUAAAAAUUCUUUUCAGAGAAUAAAUUAGUUGACUUGGAAUUCAUUUUUUAUUAAUGUUUGCUAAAAUAAGAUAAUUCUAAAAAGAAUUGAUAUUUCUAUACUGCAUAUCCCAAUUUUUCAUGAAAACAAAGCAGUAUUUUAAAAA